AUGGCGUCCGACCUGCGCUCUGGCGUCCGAGAAUUCGAACAGAAUGCACAGAGUGGCUCGUCAUCUUCUGAAGGAUCAGGAGAGGACAUCGAAGGUGUUGAGUAUGCCCCUCGCUCUGCGGACGAUUCAGAUUCUGGACGCUCCCUGGAAGACUUCGUCAGCGAUGGAGACUCUGCCAGCAGUCACAGCCAGUCGUUCUACAGAGCGAUCAACAACGAGAAGAGUCAGAGUCCGCUUCAUCUUCCAAGAGGUCUCGCCAGUGUUGUGAACAAGGCGUCGGGGCAUGUGCCUACUCCUCCAUUUGCUCGGGGCAGCAGCCCCAGGAAGGGGACCUGCUUACCACUACCAGAGGCAUUUCCGCGUUGCCGCCUCCCAGCUGGUCCUCAAAGCCGUGCGAGCAAGAGGGCUUCAGUCGAAACCUCAGUUGGCGAGCCUGACCUUUCUUCGCCAGUGCGGAAGCGAGGGCGGCUUGGAAGAGAGCGUCGGCGGGCCAUCCUCUCGCAAGAGUCAGCAGAAGAGCAGCACCUGCCCCAGCUGCUAUCUUUUGAGGCAGAGAAAAGCCCACGAAGCGGUCUUGGAUGCAACCAGGAGAAGGGCGGGGAUGAAGAUCAGCAGGCCCAGGUCAUGCUCCCCAGUCGGACUUUGGACAGUGGCCUGUCGGACGCUGACCUUGAAGACCGCCUCCGGGUGGCUGGGCGGUGUGAGGAAGCGCACAACAAAGCUGUUGCGCUGCCUUCCACUCUGUACGCCUGUCCAAAGCCCACGGUGUCCGCAGUUGCCUCAACAAACGGAGGGGAAGUCCUGCGCCAGGUCGCCGUUGACCCCGUUCACUCUGCGUGCGACACCCUCCGAGCGACUUCCUGCGCAGACAACCAUCGGACCACCAAUCUGCCUGUCGUUGAAGACGCGCUCACGGACAACGCAAGCAGUCAGCCGACCGAGUGCUUUGCAGCCCUCAGCGAAGAAUGCGAGGCGCCAGCAAAAGUUAACUCCGCCGCAUCCAUGAACCUGGCGGAUGCCGCGCCCUGUGCCGCGCAGGUUGGGGCAACGCCCUGUCUGGACCCCAUCCUCGCCGCUGCGCAUCACUUUCACUCGUUGGGAGUCGUGACCGUCACCCUCGACCUUGAUGAGGAGUGCAACCGCGCUGGCGAGGUCAAGAAGUCCGCAAAGCGCUUGGGGGCCUGGAGCCAGGCCAACUACGGCAACUGCCUGAGCGAGGAGUUUGCCAAACCCGGCCGAAACUCCAUUGCCAUCGUCACGGAGGCGUCCGACAUCUUUGCAGUCGACGUCGAUGUGAAGGACGGGGGUUUCAAAGCUCUCGAACGAAUGCUCGAAGAGCAUGGGGGUUUUGUAGACGAUACGCCCCGCGUGACGACCGGGAACGGGGGGCUGCACAUCCUCUUUUCUCUGUCCAAGUCCGAGAAGGCCGGUCUGCGGAACAGCAGAAACCGGGCCCGGAUUUGGUACAAGGGAGAAAGGGUAGGCAUCGACAUCCGCGGCAGAGGGGGGAUGCUGUACACUGCACCCAGCCGCUACCAAGGCCUCGACGGCGAGCUCCGGCGCUACGAGUGGGACCACGAGAUCCACCCCAACCGCUCUAAUCUCAGGGCAAUUCCGGAUUGGCUGAUAGCCAUUCUGAAUGUGGACCAACCGGGCACUGCCAAUGGGGCCCGUUCCAGAACUAGAUUGCCAGCCCCGGUGCCGUGCCGCUCCACUCGCUCACCUGAAGACCUGUUUUUCGGGGCUCGAGAGGAGGACCAGUCUCCCCCGCCGCCCACCGUUUUUAGCGCGUCGAGGAAUGCGUGGCAGCCACCGGGGACUCGCACUCCCGCUUCGAUAAGCUGA